AUGUCGAUCAAUUCGUUCAUGUCUGAAACACAGCAGGAGGAUGCUGAAUGGAUGUACCCAAGCUAUGAGGACGAGUCUCGUCCUGCUGGCACACCGUCCGCCGAGGAAACACCCGGCACAGCAGGUCCCGUGAACAAUAUAGCAACGUUCACGGCGAUGGCCGCCGAAGCUGGUAGCUUACCGACGCUAGGGAUGGAGCUACUGGAUCUAGAUAACAAGGACCAAGUGAACACGUUCAUUUCCAUGACGCCGCACAUGCCACCUGAAUGCGCACCACUCUUUGCCAGCCUGCAAAAAUGCCUCCAAAUGCGUGACAAGUACAUGAACGAGAGUCUCCAGGCGAACCUGUAUGACAAUCCGAAGAACUGGGAUGCCGAGUACUGUGCAGAAUGGGCGGCGGAGCACAACGUCGAUGUACCAGCACCCGCCAUGCAAGUGGCGCCGAAUUCCGUUCGCAUUGAUGGAUGUGCCAUGGAUACGGUGCAUGGCCGUCCCAAGCCAUGGCGCAUCUAUCCACCCCCACCCCGCCCACACUGGGAGCAGUUUUCUCCAGCGCCCACGUCGACGUUCGUGCGUGAGUCCACUGAGGAGAACGGCACGUCGCUCCAUGCGCCACUGGAGCCUGCAUCGCAUGCGAACGUCCUUGCGGCUCAGGAGCUCCUGGAGAGCUGUGGUGGUGUGCCCGGCGUAUUUCGGAUGGAGCACAUCGACAUGCCGCCGAAGCACGAGCUCGAUGGCGCAGAUGUACAAUUUGGCAUGGUGGACGGCGUGUUCCAUGCCUGGACAGCCGCUCGCGACAAGUGUCUCACACACGUAACGCCGAGUGGCGAGUGGUUUCAUGACCUGGACAUACUACACAGCAUUACAUCAGAUGGACCAGCAAAGACAUUUGCUUGGCGUCGGCUCAAGUUUCUGGAAGGCAAGUGGAAUUUGUACAAGCUGCUGAACGAGUACCGCGAGUCUGAUAUGCUCAAACGCGUGUCGCAUCGAGACUUUUACAAUGUGCGCAAAGUCGAUACACAUGUGCACCACAGUGCGAGUAUGAAUCAGAAGCAUCUGCUGCGCUUCAUCAAGGCGAAGAUCAAGAGGCAUGCGGACGAUGUGGUCUUGUGCCGGGAUGGCGAGCCUAUGACGCUGCACCAAGUGUUCCAGCUGCUGGGGCUCACGGCCUAUGACCUCAGCAUCGAUACCCUCGACAUGCAUGCGCAUAUGGAUUCGUUCCACCGCUUUGACCGCUUCAAUCUGAAGUACAAUCCAAUCGGUGAGUCAAAGCUGCGUGAAAUUUUCCUCAAGACGGACAAUUACAUCCGCGGCCGCUAUCUGGCUGAAAUUACUCGCGAAGUGACGCAUGAUCUUGAGCAGAGCAAGUACCAGAUGUGUGAGUAUCGCAUCUCGAUCUACGGCCGGAAUCCGCAUGAAUGGGACAAGCUCGCAGCUUGGGUCGUAGACCACCACCUGUUCAGCCCCAAUGUGCGUUGGCUGAUCCAGGUGCCUCGGUUGUAUGACGUGUACAAAGCCAACGGCAAUGUGCAGAACUUUGAAGAGCUACUGGACAAUGUGUUCCGUCCACUCUUCGAAGUCACGAGCGAUCCUGCAUCGCAUCCGAAACUGCACAUCAUGCUUCAACGGGUAGUGGGCUUCGACAUUGUCGAUGAUGAAAGCAAGCCGGAGCGCCGCUUCCUGCGUCAGUUCCCGCCACCGAAGGAAUGGAAUUUCGCAGUGAGUCCGCCGUAUUCAUACUGGCUCUACUACAUGUAUGCGAAUCUUGCGACGCUGAAUCAGUGGCGACGCAUUCGCUGUUUCAAUACGCUGGUGCUGCGCCCACAUGCGGGAGAAGCGGGAGAUCCUGAUCAUCUGGCAGCUGCGUACCUCACGUCGCAAUCGAUCUCUCAUGGCAUUCUCCUGCGGAAGGUGCCAGUUCUUCAGUAUCUGUAUUACCUGAAGCAGAUUCCUUUGGCCAUGUCGCCCCUGAGCAAUAAUGCGCUAUUCUUGGCUUACGAACGGAAUCCGUUUCCGGACUAUUUCCGCAAAGGUCUCGUCGUAACACUGUCGACAGACGAUCCAUUGCAGUUCCAUCUGUCCAAGGAGCCCCUUUUGGAAGAGUACAGUGUGGCAACGCAGAUCUACAAGCUGUCAUCGACUGACAUGUGUGAGCUGGCUCGCAAUAGUGUGAUUCAGUCUGGCUGGGAAAUGGAAAUCAAACGUCAUUGGCUCGGACGACGCUUCUUUCUGCCGGGCCCCAGCGGCAACGAUGUCUCGAAGACCAAUGUACCGGACAUGCGUCUUCAGUACCGCAACGAGACCCUCAAGCAGGAGCUCGCUUUUGUAUGGCAGCAAUAG